ACACUGUUAAGUUCAGUUGGUAAAAUCAAAUUUUCAUAGAAUUUUCCAAGUCCCAAUUCCACUGUUGAGACAUUAUUGUAGUGAAAUACUAUAAUCAUAUCAGAAAUAGACAUCAUCGUCAUCAUCAUAGAAUAAAGAAAAAAGGAACAGCAGAGCAGAAGAUAAAGGGUCAGUAAUGAAGGGAGAAGAGCCCCAUCUCUUGUUGAGGGGAGGCAGGAGGAACUGCUCCAGCUAUAGUCAUGGCUUCUCUUCAUCUCAGAUCCAGUCACUGGCUGCCAUUUGUCAGACCCUUAUUCCCCCCCUCCCACUUGAUGAUAAUGACAAUGAUGACGCCAAUUUGCUGCACCAGCCUAAUCACUCCUUCUACAAGUCUUCAGGCCCUGAUGAGGUGGCAGAGCUAUUGGUGAAGAGGGGGAUUCCGGCAGCCGUGUUCAUAGUGAGCUUAGUGUUAAAGUUUCUGUCAAGCAGACUGGGAACACUUUUGCUUUGUGGGUGGAUUUGUUCGGAUUGGAAGUGGCCAUUUGUGCACAGUUUCUGUGAAUUAACCUUGAAGAAAAGGGAAGCUAUUCUUCAGAAAUGGUCUAGAGAAACUUUGUUCCUGCCUUUAAGAAUAGCUUUCUUGUUGCUGAAAAUCAUGUGCCUCUUUGUCUUUUUCUCUUGGGAACCCUUUGUGCUGCAGACUGAUGAGAAUUCAAGUAACCCUGCUUGGGAAGCAAUUGGAUACCAGGUGGAGGCCACUGAAAGAGAGACGAAGUAUGAGAAAGAACGGCCACUUGAAAAAGGAAUUAUUGAGAUUAUGAAUGAAGAUGAGUCGUCCCUAAAGGAAUCCCUCAUGCAAAAAGGUAUAAACUUUGCUGAGGAUGAAGAUGAAAAUGUGUAUAAGAUCAAAUGCGAUGCGGUGAUUAUUGGAUCUGGUUGUGGGGGAGGGGUUACUGCAGCAGUUCUUGCAAAAUCGGGCCAGAAAGUGCUGAUCCUGGAGAAAGGUCACUACUUUGUCCCAGAAGAUUAUUCAGGUCUUGAAGGACCUGCUUUCUCUGAAUUAUAUGAAUCUGGUGGGAUGCUAACAACUCAAGAUGGAAAAAUAAUGGUCAUGGCAGGAACGACUGUUGGUGGUGGUUCGUAUAUGAAUUUGUCUCAUUGGAUAAGAACUCCAGAUUAUAUUCUGAAAGAAUGGUCUACAGAAAGUAAGAUACAUCUCUUUGGCAGCCAUGAAUAUCAAUCUGCUAUGGAUGCAGUGUGUGAGAGGAUUGGUGUCACUGAAAACUGUGUGCAAGAAGGAUUUCAAAACCAAGUUCUUCGGAGGGGUUGUGAAAAUCUUGGCCUAAACGUUGAGCCUGUGCCAAGAAACUCAUCGCCUGAUCAUUACUGUGGUUCUUGCUGUAGUGACUGCAGAAGAGGAGAUAAGAAGGGAACUGGCUCCACUUGGCUCGUUGAUGCUGUCAAGAACGGUGCAGUAAUCUUAACUGGAUGUAAAGCUGAAACACUCAUGCUUGUUAGUGACAAGAAGGAAAAAGAUCGAAAAAGCUGCCUUGGAGUGAUUGCAGCUGCUGAAAACAAGAACAUCAGGAAGAAGAUUCAAAUAGAAGCAAGAGUGACUAUUUCUGCUUGCGGUUCUCUCCUCACUCCCCCAUUGUUGAUAUCUAGUGGAUUGGAGAACAAGAACAUACGCAAGAAUCUGCAUCUCCACCCUGUUUCAUUGGUUUGGGGAUACUUCCCAGAAUCUUUAGUAGAACUCAAAGGUAAAAGCUUUGGGGGUGGGAUUUCAACUUCCCUUCAUAAGGUCCAAUCUGAAGAAAAAUCAGAUAUCCAAGCUAUAGUGCAAGCUGGAGCACUUGGACCUGCCUUAUUCGCCACCUUGUUCCCUUGGGUCUCGAGAAAUGAUAUGAAUGACAGGAUGACGAAAUACGCUAGAACUGCAGUUCUAUUUGCACUAUCCAGAGAUUAUGGCUCAGGGGAAGUGAGAAAACAAGGACACAUCAAAUACAGGUUAAGUGCAGUUGACAAAGAGAAUCUUAAAACAGGUUUGAGACGAGCUUUGAGAAUUCUCGUUGGAGCGGGAGCCGCAGAAGUGGGCACUUUUAGAAGCGAUGGACAGAGGAUUAGGUGCAAAGGGACUAAGAAUGAAGACUUGGAAGAGUUUCUUGACGCAGUUACAGCAGUUGGAGGACCGAGGACUAGAUCAGAGUACUGGACUCUUUACUGCUCUGCUCAUCAGAUGGGCAGUUGCAGAAUGGGGGCGAAUGAGGAAGAUGGAGCAGUCGAUGAAAACGGAGAAUGUUGGGAAGCCAAGGGCCUGUUUGUGUGUGAUGGCAGUGUUCUCCCCACUGCCGUUGGUGUUAACCCAAUGAUCACUAUCCAAUCAACUGCUUACUGUAUCUCGAAGAGACUAGCUGACUCCCUCAAGGAAGGAAAGCUCUUGUAACCCACGAAAUUUCCCACUCAUCAAAUCUUUAUGUAACCCAUGAGUUUGGAAACAAACAUGUCGUAUAAUUUGACACAUGUAAUAUAUUAGGUUCACAGUGAGGGAGGGAUGGCAAUGGUCAGUUCUAACUUAGAUACACAAGAGGGGCCUUUCCCCUCUUGGAGAAGUGUAUUUUAGUACUUUAUUACCUAUGCAUAAUUUGUUUUUGCAUUUGCAAUGAACCUGCCAUCAAUGUGCACGUUGUAAUAUCUUACGGUUUUUCUUCCAUUAAAAUGUAAUGUUUCGCCCACUUUUUUGCUCAAAAGAUUUGUUGUUUAACAGUGCAGUCUGCAGUCAAAUUCUACAAUACUUCAUCCCCAUCCAUCCAUAAGCCAUUGUUUAUUAUUGAUAAGAAGACAAUCAUGUCUACAGCUUCAAAAAAUUAAGCACCGUAUGCUGCUUAUGAUGAGCAAACUCAUCAUGGACUAGAGAAACACAAAAUGUUGACUAUUUUCUUUAUCUGAAAUCAAGAAUGAUUAAACACCUCCAUGAAUCCAUGGAGAUGAACAGGUUGCUCCGAAAGCCCAUCUGACAAGAUAAUGGAUCAGUAUACAUGAGA